AUGCUAGUUGAGAAAGUCGAACCCAAUGAGAGUGUGUUGGUGAAUGUCCUUUCUGCUUGCGCUCAUUUGGGAGCCAUGGAGCAAGGGAAGUGGAUUGAGGGAUAUGUGACGAAGAAGAAUGUAGGCGUCACCGUGCGGUUGGGAACUGCUCUUGUAGACAUGUAUUCAAAGUGUGGGUGUGUCGAGAGGGCACUUGAGGUUUUCAAUGAGAUGAAGGAGAAGAACGUACGGGCUUGGAGCACAAUGAUCGGUGGGCUUGCAAUCAAUGGGCAUGGUGAGGAUGCAUUAUGUCUGUUCUCUCAGAUGGAAAUGCAUGGAGUCAGACCAAACAAUGUGAUGUUCGUUGGAGUUUUGAAUGCGUGUAGCCAUUCAAGGUUGGUCGAUGAAGGAUCAAUUUACUUCGAUUCCAUGACAAAGGAUUCAUGGGAAUGCCCAAUUGGGCGAGCGAGUAGAAAACAGCUUCUUGAGCUGGAGCCGGAUCAUAGUGGGCGGUAUGUCCUCUUAUCGAAUAUAGAUGCUGCUGAAGGGAAGUGGGGUGAUGUUGCAGUGCUGAGGAGAGAGAUGAAAGAACGUGGUGUUAGUAAGAUGCCUGGGUGUAGCUUCAUAGACUUGAGAGGUACCAUUCAUGAGUUUAUCGCAGGAGAUAACUCACACCAGCAAAGCCAAGAGAUUUAUGCCAAAUUGGAAGAUAUAAGCAAAGAACUCAAGCUUGAAGGUCAUACACCCAACACUAGUGCAGUAUUGCUUGAUAUGGAUGAGGAAGAAAAGCAGACAGCGCUCUACCACCACAGCGAGAAGUUGGCAAUUGCGUUUGGGUUAAUUAAUAGUGAUCCAGGUGUAACCAUUCGAAUCACGAAGAACCUUCGUGUGUGUGAAGAUUGCCAUGCCGCUGCAAAGAUGAUAUCGAGGAUUUACAAGUGCAAGAUUGUUGUGAGGGAUCGGAUCCGCUUCCACCAUUUCGAGGAUGGCUCAUGUUCUUGCAUGGACUUCUGGUGA